CUGUGAAGUUUGAACAAGCGACCUUCCCAAGAUGUACCGAAUAUCUCAACUGAUGUCAACACCAGUAGCAAGUAAAUGCUCCUCCAGGUGGGACAGGGAAUGCACUGCAGAGCUGUCUCCCUCGUGCCUUUUCCCAAGGCCUUCUGGUGCCACCAAAUGAAUCCUCAACGGUUGAACAAGCUGAACUGUGGACAGAACUCAUGCUUUUAGAGUCAGAUCGACUAGGUCCACCCACAUCACAACGCUGCCACAUACCAGCUAUGUAAAAUAUCCAUGUUAUUUGCCCUUCUGCGUCUCAUUUUUUUUCCUGCUCUACAAGGUGGUUAACAGUGAUACUUAAAUAUAGAGAGAUUGUGACAGCAGACAUAAAAAAUGUGAGUCCAGACCCAUGAUAAGUGUCCAAUAAAUAAUACCUAUCAAAGCAGCAUUUCCUUAAGAACUUGGAUGCAUAUAUUAAUCAUGGAUAGACUUUUAAUUGAAAAAAAAAAGAAAUUCAGUGCAGCAUGAUGGAGAUGAAUAGAAGAAUGAGACAUUUUUCUGUUCAUUGAUGUGGGAUUAAUUAUGUGCAUUUUUAAAAACCCUCACAGUGUUUGUCCCUCACUAAUAUCAGUCAGUCUUUGUGCCACCCUAGAAAGCCUGAGCUCCAGGCUCUUCCAAGUCCUGGUCAGUCACCUCUCAAGGCAAGCCAGGACUGGGUCUUGGGAAAUUGGGCUAGUUGUUGGGCUUUGUGUGAGGUUGGAGUUCUGAAGCCAACUUGCAGAGACCUUCUAAGAAAACUCAGCUGUUGCAACCACUACAGAAGAAUUGAAGAGUUGCAUCAAGAUCUAUGGAGAACUGUGCUACCCCUCAAAGUGUGUGAUGUUGGGCCUUGCCCGCCACUUCCUGGAUGGUGGCGGUCCCUUGGAAUGCUGCUCCGUAGACCCCUUGACGGGCUACCCUCACACCUGUCGCCGCAGCCCCAGACUCCUCACCAAUGGCUACUACGUGUGGACAGAGGACAGCUUCCUGUGUGACGAAGAUGGCAACGUAACUCUGAACCCCUCCCAGACCACGGUUUCGUACAAGGAGAACUUAGUCAGAAUAUUCAGGAAGAAGAGGAGAGUUCGCCGUUCCCUUCCUUCUCUCUUCAGCCUCAGUGCCUCCCAAUCCUGGCUGUGCGGAAGUGUCUUGGGUGACGCUGACGCUUGCCCUGAUGAGGACGUCUGGCUGGAGGGUGGCAGGAGGCCGGACGUAUACCACUGCGGUGGAGAUGGAGGGGAUUUUGACUGUUCUUCUCUGACUGACAACUGGAACCCAAAGAAGCCAAAUGCAGCUUCUGUAAAAGCCUCCUCUUCCAGCCAAAUCACAUCUCGGCCUCCUGGAGGAGGCUCCCAGGACUCUCUUCAGUCCCCAGGGAAAGCCCCUGGAUGUUUCCAAGAGAACAUUGCAGAUCGUUCUCAAACCAGUUUGUUACGAGAGGUCUCCUUUCAGGCAAUCCUGCUUACAGCCUGCCUCAUCAUUUCCCUGUGCACAAGGUGGUGUACUGGAGGAGUAGUCGCCCAUCUCUUCACGUGCACACUGGUGAUAACUAUUGCUUAUGUUGUCAAGUCCUUGUUCCUCAGCCUCACCAGCUAUUUCCAAGCCCCGGCCUGUGCCCGGUUUGCCAAAAUUUGACAACCAUUUGGGAAUGCCUCUGAUGAAUGUCUUCCAUCUGAAUAUCCGGAAAUUGUCCAACUUGUAGUCUACUUGGAAUUGACUGUUUCAUUUGUGAGGGAGUAAGCAGCUGGAUAGUUGAGGGGGAAAACAUUUUAAUUUGGCCAUGGGAUUUCUUUCUAAAACCUCAGUUUCCCCUCACAAUGGUAGUGUGCUUAUGAUAAUCAUAUGGAUUUGCUUUUCCUUUGCAAACAAUGGCAGUUGAAAAGCAAGAGACUAGAGGAUGACAGAGAACAGGUCGUCCGCCGGGAAUGGUCCUGUUGUUCUCAGGACCUGGUUCUCAAGCAUUGAUUUUCACUGGAGAAUCUUGUGAGGGGUUGGUAGCAGUGAGGAUUCCUGGGUGUGCCAGCCAGUGGGUACCUGCACCUUACUGACCUGCUUUAACUGACCAGCGAAAAUAAGUUCACAUAAUCAGUUCCAGCUGGGAAGGAAAUAAAUGCAGUUUGUAAAUACAGUGUGAUGCCGUGCCAAUUCAUCCUUCUUUCCACAGAGAGCAUGUCUGUUUUCUCAGGGGCUGGGCAUGUUCCUGUUGCCCACCAAGAUGGCCUGAGCCUGCAGCAAGGGAAUGUCAUCAUGCAUUGGCCCGACUGGGAAAGGGCCGAAUGUCCCACAUGACACUGCGGAUGUCUUCAAAGCACAGCCAAGGUCAGGAGUGCAGGCCUUGGCAAUCUGAAACCUUGCUGAAGCAUGUAUCAGAGCCGGGACUGUGUGUUUGAUCUACAGCCUCAUUUAUUCAUUGAUUUAGUAAAUAGAUAUUUAGUCCAACCAUGUGCCCAAAGCUGGACUUGCUGGUGGGUGAGGACAAAGGAGACAGCUGAGGGCCUGCCCCGUGAGACGUGUUUCCGUAGGCUCCUGUCACUCUGAAACAGGCACAACAGCCAUUUUUACAAACUCUUAUUGUUAAAAUACAAACAACAACAACAACAACAAAAACCCAGAAAGUAAAGUAAAACGAAUGUGUGAAUUAAUGAAUUAUUAUAGGGAAAAGACCCUUUUAAGAAUCAAACAUGAAAAGAGAUAAAACCUAGCCAGCUAUAGGGCAGCCUUCAGGUCCCCUCCGCACGCACGCCCCACCCUUGGAAUACCCAGGGUCGUUAUUUCCGUGGUGAUUACUUUUGCACUGUACCUGGAGUUUCCUCACCUGCCUGCAUCUUGCACACCAACACAUCACACUUGCUGUGUGCUGGUUUGUCUCACAUGUCUGUGGGGUCUCUUUAAUGCAUUGGUUCCUCCGCCAACUUCCACCCCGUGCCCAGCCUUCGAAGUUUGUAUCUUGUGGAAACUGGAUUGCCCGUCUUGUCGUUUCCUCAGUGGAAGUUUUGCUGGGUGCAUUCCCAUGGUGAAGUUUAAUGUUUCCUUCAGUCUUCCACAUUUCCUGCCAAUGGAUAGUUGAUUUUAAGCCUUCAUCAUUUUUAGUUUUGGGUUUUUUUGGGGAUAACUCUUUCAAAGUCUGUCUCAUCGUCUUCAUCAAGAGGGUCACAAUAUCUUCCUGUGUCAUUGAUAGCCAUUUCUGUUCAAUGCUUAGGCUUUACCUUAUUAAGGAUUAA